UUGACCUAAUAGGGAAGUCGUACACUGCUGGCGGUUUGUUUGAAUCGGGCGCAAUGGAAACGUUAAAAAAGCUUCACCUUCCGUGGAAUUUAGGGAAACGAUAUAAUGUUAUAAAGGGUAAAGAAAAUUCAUAUUUUAAUACACCAAAUCCCAAGAUAGAUGAUACAAUAGACGAUUGUGUUCAAGAAGACAUUCCUCCAAGAAGGCUUCGGCGCAACACCAGCCUAACUCGAUCGGUUCGAGACGUAGUGGGGACAUUACGACAGAAAAUAAAAUCAUCUACAAAAAGACGAAUGCGAUUUAAUGACCAUGACGAGAUUACUUCACCAACCCAUUCAACUAUAACAAAACAAAGAAAGAGCAAAAGGAAACCAACAACACCGAAACAGACGAAGAAUACAAUUGUCUACAGAGAAGUCAAGUUGUACUCGCCCUUCCAAAUUGAAACACCACCAACAAAAACGCCACCUGGAAUCAGAACAUCAACCCGUUCGCGGAUGCAGUUUCAUCAAAUGGAGACGCCAACUCGUUUGAGAAGGGAAGUAGAAUCCUUAACAGCUAAUAUGCAGGCGCUGGCAACCCUGAGUCCCAAUGAUCUGAAGCAAAGAACAACCAGACAGCGAGGUAAAUCUCCCUUGACCAAUGGUAGUUUUCAGAGAAUGGGAAUUAGAACAAGUCUGAGACUACAGCAGAAGAUGGAAACAAAUCUCUUGUAAUUGGCCUCGUUUUAUACUUUGGAGGACAAAAUCUCAAUUACGAAGAUCAUAUGCAUGCUCUAUUAAUACUAUAUUUAUAAUAUUUUACUGUAUUAAACAGUAUUACAUAAUCAUGAUUAUGCAUGAGUUUUUGUAUACAUUGUAUAUAUGUACUCUUAUAAAUUUUGUGAUACAAUGUACCAUUUAAGCAUACCAAUACACAUACCAAAGUCAUAUUUGUAAUGUGAAAAUCAGUUUAAAUUAAGUAAAUCCUCAUAUUUGUUAUCAAAUACCUGGUACAUGAAUGUUGGCUGUGUAGUUUAUCCUGGCAUUGGUUUGUUUGCCAUAAUCACGUGUCCCUCCUGCUGGUGAGCAUUUAAGAAUUUCCAAACCCUGAAGUAAGUUUUGUUGCAGUGUAGUUUGAAAUUGUAAAAAGAAACAAUUUUUAAUUAUUAUGUUGAGAUUUUUUUAACUUUUUACAUCAUUCUAUGUUUUUAUCUUUUUUUUCCUUUUUGUUAGUUUUGUAAUAGUUGUAGCUGGGUUGUUUUAAAUAUUUCUAAAGCAGUGCUUUGCAAUUGAGCUUUUAACUGGGUUAUAUAUAGAAUGACUCUUCUAGACAAAUUUCCUUUUGCUCAUUAGGAGUUAACAGUGUGUUCCACCUAUAGAUAAAUGAUUUGUCCUUGUCACAUGUGGGCAUUGUUAUUUUUUGGUGCUUUUCAUGUAAAACUGAUGUUUGCAUUUUAGCUGAACAGGUCUGUCCCAUUCCUGUUUUUACUUUGUUUUGUUUUUUAUUAGCAAAUGUUUGAUUAGUCGUAAGUCCUACCUCAGGUAAAUGAUAUACAUGUACAAGUACAUGCUGCUUAUGGCAUAGAUUUCUGUUUGAUUUUCUAAGUUUUUGCUGUCUUCUCUCACACUCUUUCUGUCGAAUAAAUGCAAUGCAAUAUUGUA